AUUGUUCAAGGACUGCUUUGCACCAUGCAAUGACACAAUACGCACCUUCAUUAAUCGACUCUCCCUGUUUGUCUCGGGCUCCCCGUUAUCUACAGCGAGAUGUCUGACAAGGAAUUCGGUGGGAACGAUGAUUUGUCGCUACCCAAAGCGACCGUCCAGAAGAUCAUAAACGAAGUCCUCUCGUCACCAUCGAUCCAAGGCGAUGUUCCUCAGCCAAUGACUUUCGCCAAAGAGACGCGCGACCUGCUGAUCGAAUGCUGCGUCGAGUUCAUCACCAUGCUCAGUUCUGAGGCCAACGAAAUUGCGGAGAAGGACGCCAAGAAGACUAUUGCGUGCGAGCACAUCACCAAGGCUCUCGAGGAGCUCGGCUUCGCAGAGUAUGUACCUGAGUUACAGAGUGUGGCGGAGCAAUUCAAGAGUACCCAAGGUGGACGCGAGCGAAGGCAAACCAAGAUCGAGCAAAGCGGGCUCAACGAAGAGCAGCUGAUCAGAGCGCAAGAGGAGCUGUUCAGAAGCGCUGGGGAGAAGUAUCAAACCAUCGCUUCACCAACCGAAGGCUGAAACGCCCGGGUAUGAGUGCAUGCGAAGUCACGAUGAGACGACGAAUUACUGUGUAGCGUGGCGCUACGGUGUACGGCAGCAAUUUGAUACCCCUGGGAUGGGCUGGAGUCAUGAAAACGUCGCGAACUAAGUCCAUAUAAAAAGUGGCGCUGCCGAUGGCGCGAUGGCAAGCUCAUCCGCCAAGAUGUAGAACAAUCACAGAGCAGCUUCAAGGAGACACCUACC